AUGGCAUCUAUCCUCCAGAUCAAAUCACUCACGGCUUCUUCGUGGAACUCCAUCUUGAGACGCCACUCGCGGCUCGCUGGCCACAGCACAGCCUUCGCCCAGUUCAAGCUAAUGCUCCGAGAAGGCGUGGUUCCCGACAAGCACACCUUUCCUCUCCUCCUCAAAAUCGUCUCCGGUCAUGGCGGCAUCGACCUGGAUCAAAUCCACGCCCAGAUCUGGAAGUUUGGGUACACCUCCGACUCGUUCGUUCGGAAUUCUUUGGUAUCUGCCUACGCCAAGCGCGGCCGUUUACCCAUCGCCCGCAAUCUGUUCGAUGAAAUGCCAACGAGAGACCCCGUCCCUUGGACUGCGUUGAUGCGCGGUUGCAUACAGGAGAGUCGACCGUCUGAUGCUCUGGAACUAUUUCACAAGAUGAGAUGUUUGGGCAUUGAGAUCGACGAGGUGGUUAUCGUCAGUGUGCUCAAGUGCUGCGGACUGCUAGGGGACGUCUGGCUUGGCAUGUGCGUCCAUGGUUUCUACAUCGCGUGUGGGAGAGUGAAGUGGGAUCUGUUCAUUGGAAGUGCUCUUGUGGAUAUGUACUCUACGUGCGGGCGUUGCGAUGAUGCAAGGCGUCUGUUCGACGAAAUGCCUCACCGAAAUGUGGUCACUUGGAGCACCAUGGUUGCGGGAUAUGUUCAGUGCAAUAGACCGGCAGACGCUCUAUGUUUGUUCCAUGAUAUGCUCGUCGAAGGUGAAACACCAAAUGAAGUUACCAUCGUCAGUGCUUUGACAUCCUGCGCGCGAACGGGGGCUUUGGUUCAAGGAAGGUGGAUCCAUGGAUGCCUGAACAGAAGCAAGCUAGAAACAAACUCAUUCGUUGGGACGGCACUAAUAGAUAUGUACUCUAAAUGUGGAUGCAUAGACGAAGCUGUUGCGGUAUUUAACCGCUUGCCGCACAAGGAUGUAUACCCUUGGACUGCCUUGAUCAAUGGUUUGGCAAUUCAUGGAUGUGCCGCGGAAUGUUUGGAUCUCUUCUCUCGGAUGAUAAAGAGCGGAGUGCAACCCAAUGAGGUUACUUUCAUAGGUGUUCUUUCUGCGUGUUCUCAUCGGGGACUUGUAGAUCAAGGCACAUACCAUUUCAACUCUAUGCUAACAGAUUACGGCGUCGAGCCUAGGAUGGAGCACUACGGCUGUAUGGUCGACCUCUUUGGGCGCGCAGGGCUGUUCGAGGAAGCAUUGAAUUUGAUUCGAAGGAUGCCUCUUGAGCCGAGUGCUGGAGUAUGGGGAGCUCUGCUGAAUGCCUGCAUCAUCCACAGAAACUACAAGUUGGGUGAAAUAGUAGGACAGCAUCUGGUUAAAUUGGAGCCGGAUCACAGUGGCAGAUAUGCUCUUUUGGCUAACCUCUACUCGCUUGCGAAGAAACCGGGUAGUGAUGCUGAUCUAAGGAAAGCCAUGAAGGGGAGAGGGUUGGAGAAGAUGAGAGGGUCCAGUUGGAUCGAAGUCGAUAGCGCCCUUCGUGAAUUCGUUGCCACGGACGUGACACAUCCAGAAUCCAAGGAGAUAUAUCGAACUCUGGACGAGAUAAGCACCGUGAUGAAGCUCGAAAGCUAAGUUGCGGAUAGUUGUUUGACGAGGAAGAUGAAGUCUAGACAUGUUAACUUUAUGAUAUCUUUCUAUUUUAUUUUAUUGUGUUUUUCUUUUUAACAUGGAAAUAUUUUUCAAGCUGUUGCCCUUUUUGACAAAACGAUGAUUUCUUACA